AUCCACCCCCCUGUGUCAUCUUUGAAUGAUCAGUCUUGAACCCCAAUCUUAGUCGGAGAUCCUUUGCAUAUUCCUGCAGUCACCCAUGGAUCCGAUCCGCUUUUGAUAUUUCAUAUAAUAAACCCUCCUUUCCUUUCCUGCCACUGCUCUGGUUCUGCUUUCCCUCUUUUUGAUAACUAUCCUUCGUCACCUACAGGGCUUUCUCUGUUCCCCUUUCCCCUCUCUUAUCACGACUGUCUUCCCCAAUGGCCGACUGUUGGCAACCUGAGGCCGCCUUCCAGGGCCCUCAGUGGAUGCAAAACAACCAAACAUGUGUACGCCCAUCGACUUUUCGUGACCUGAUGUAUGCGUUUCCGAAACCAAGGCAGACUGGCCGCAUCACCAAACCUCGAAGCGCCGGCAAUAGUCCUUCUUCUGCUGGCAGGCGAAGGACAUCCACUAUGCCUUACAGCUCGCCGAUGUACCAGCAGCUUUCAGCCCAAGAGUACCAAACUGCUUUGAAUGCUGCCCUCCUGGCCUCCACAUUGGAAAGGGGUAGACGGGCUCGACCGAUUAGCUGGCAUCCGGUAUCUAGAGAACCCGAAUACAUAACGCCGCAAUACUAUCCACCUUGCACAACCACCACGCACGGUCUCCCUGUCAUGCAGAUCUGUCCCUCUCAACAACUGCAGACAACACCUCCCCCUUGUAGCAAUGAGGGUAUGAUGCAGGCAUUUGUUCCCUCAGAAAUUCACAUGCCGCAGCAAGCGUUUCCCAUCACCACCACGCAACCCCAGCUGCCCAUGCAAGAUAUGUCUUUCUUGCAAGUGGAUAAUUCGCAAGCCGAAGGGGUUUCUUGGGAGGGCCCCGCAUCUGGCUUCCCUGCCUUUGUACAGCCGACCUCCGAAGACUGGGCGUUCGACAUGAUGUCGAUGCAUCAGAGCAUUCCCUCUGUUGGUGCCCCGGGCUCUCACUACGAAAGCGUGUCAUCCAGUGGACAUUUGACUGAACCGUCCACCCCCGACUUUCUUCCCAUUCAACAAUUCGGUGAUGCUUCUGAUUCCCAGUCUGUACCGGUGUUAGGGAAGCAAAAGCAUGAGGAUGAACUCGUUGGAAUGGGACUUUACACCGAUCCGGACACUUUCCUGGAAGGCUCCCUGAACGGGCUUAAUGGCAAGGGACUAAAAUUAGAAGAGACCUUCACCCCAUCCUCUGACGAUGAAGGGGAUGAUAAUGAUGCGGAAGGCGACCAAGACGAGCCAAACGAGAUGCACGCUCCACAGAAGCAGCCGACUAAGCCCGCGGAGAGUAUGAUGCACAAGUCAUUUUUCUUUGACGAUGGAGAUGACUUCCAGCAACGCUCUAUAGCUGAAUCGCGACAUUCCUUCAACAUAGGAGCCACUUGCAUGAAUUAUGGAUAUGGAUGGGUUUGACUUAGCUGAUAAGGUGUAUUCUUUGUGUUAUUUCCUUUAUUUUUUAUCUUUACCUAUUCGCAUAGCGCGGAGUUUUGACCUUUUUUUUUUUUUUUUUUUUUUUUUUUGGUGGUUUGAAAUGGAUUGUGUUAUUAUUUUAAAGAAUUGUAUGAGAAGAGUUUUUAUUUUAUCGAACCAAUGAAUGCCGCGAAGGCUACAUUAUUAGGUCAACCUUUUUUCCACUCGAGGUUCGUCAUGUAAAGAUUAAGGGGAUGAAGCAGUU